GGCGGCCGGGCCGCGGCGGCCUCCGACUGGAUGCGGCGGAUCGCCGGGGGCCUGAGGGUGGAGUCCCGGUCGGAGGCAGGCCGGGACUCUGGUGGGUCGAGGCGCGGCUCGGACGCCAGCAGGUCGGCGGCGGCGGCAGAAGAGCGGCCGGGCGUCAGCUCCUCGACCCCGGUGCCGCCCUCGUCCAGCGAGGUGGGCGGGCGGCGCGGGCCCAUGGCCAGGCCCGGCAUGGAGCGGUGGCGCGACCGGCUGGCGCUGGUGACGGGGGCCUCGGGGGGCAUCGGCGCGGCCGUGGCCCGGGCCCUGGUCCAGCAGGGACUGAAGGUGGUGGGCUGCGCCCGCACCGUGAGCAACAUCGAGGAGCUGGCUGCUGAAUGUAAGAGUGCAGGCUACCCCGGGACUUUGAUCCCCUACAGAUGUGACCUGUCAAAUGAAGAGGACAUCCUCUCCAUGUUCUCGGCUAUCCGUUCUCAGCACAGCGGUGUAGACAUCUGCAUCAACAAUGCCGGCUUAGCCCGGCCUGACACCCUGCUCUCAGGCAGCACCAGCGGUUGGAAGGACAUGUUCAAUGUGAACGUGCUGGCCCUCAGCAUCUGCACACGGGAAGCCUACCAGUCCAUGAAGGAGCGGAAUGUGGACGAUGGGCACAUCAUUAACAUCAAUAGCAUGUCUGGCCACCGAGUGUUACCCCUGUCUGUGACCCACUUCUAUAGUGCCACCAAGUACGCCGUCACUGCGCUGACAGAGGGACUGAGGCAAGAGCUUCGGGAGGCCCAGACCCACAUCCGAGCCACGUGCAUCUCUCCAGGUGUGGUGGAGACACAGUUCGCCUUCAAACUCCACGACAAGGACCCUGAGAAGGCAGCUGCCACCUAUGAGCAAAUGAAGUGUCUCAAACCCGAGGAUGUGGCCGAGGCUGUUAUCUACGUCCUCAGCACCCCCCCACACAUCCAGAUUGGAGACAUCCAGAUGAGGCCCACGGAGCAGGUGACCUAGUGACUGUGGGAGCUCCUCCUUCCCUCCCCACCCUUCAUGGCUUGCCUCCUGCCUCUGGAUUUUAGGUGUUGAUUUCUGGAUCACUGGAUACCACUUCCUGUCCACACCCUGACCAGGGGCUAGACAAUUUGUUUGAGAUUUUUAUAUCAUCUUGUCAAAUUGCUUCGGUUGUAAAUGUGAAAAAUGGGCUGGGGAAAGGAGGUGGUGUCCCUAAUUGAUUUAUUUGUUAACUUGUUCUUGGUCCCCCUGGGCUCCGUGGCCUUUGUCUGCUCUCAGUCUCUUCCCUUUGAUAUGGGAAAGGAGUUGUGGCCAAAAUUCCCCCCAUCUUCUUGCACCUCAACCUCUGCGGCUCAGGGCUGGGGUGGCAGAGGGAGGCCUUCACCUUAUAUCUGCGUGGUUAUCCAGGGCUCCAGACUUCCUCCUCUGCCUGCCCCACUGCUCCCUCUUCCCCUUCUCUUUCUCCUUCUGGGCUCUCCAGCCCAAUCUUGGCUGCUCGUCCCCUCGUGGGGUCAUCCCUCCACUCUGACUAUGGCAGCAGAAUACCAGGGCCUGGUCCAGAGGAUUUCAUGGUGAUCAUUAAAAAAGAAAAAUUGCAACCAAUCUGCCUUGGCUUCAGGAGUGUGUCUUUCCAUUCUUUCCCCUUCUCUGUGAUCAGGGGUGCUUGUGUCUCAGAAUUUCUUCCAGGUCGGUCCCACCUGGGACCUACCUGGUGGGUGGAUUGGGGGCCUCACUCAUGGGAGUAUGGAUUACCUUAGGUAGCAGGAAUGGGUUUGUUUGGGUCUUGAAAACGUGUAGGAGUUUGACAAAGCGAAGAAGACAGGUGUGCAAGGCUGAGAGGCCUGGAAGAGCAUGCAGUGCUGUGCGAACAGCACAGAACUUAAGUGCAGGAGCAAGAUGGGGCUGAAGAGGCAGCUCCUUCCUGCCUUCCUGGAUCGCUGGGGGGCUGAGUGCUGCGCAAAAGUCUCGCCAUUCCCUGUGGGACGGGGGCGUUAGUGGGCUUAUCAGCAGGGACAGGACAGGCUCAGAGUCACUUAGGAAGAGAAUCAGCGGCCCGGGAUAGGAAGUGACUGCUGGGGUCCUCCUGCUGGCUGGUGAUGAGCUAGUGAGUAGUAGUUCUGGGGAAAAUCACCAGCGCCGGGAUGUGGGGAGGGAGGCAACAAGACUGAAUUGGUUGACCAGGAAGGCCAACCCAUCUCCUUAAAGUGCCCUUCGCUGGUGCGUGAGUGAAUGCAGUCCCCGACCUCCUUGACCUCGAGGAACACAGGACGCAGCCGGUAGUACGGCCAGCUCAGCACGCUGCUCCUCUAGCCCUGUAGGAGGUGCUGUGGGGACAGCCUGGCGACCGCGCAUGCGCAAAACACCGUCAGGAAGAGGCGCCAGGGACUGGGGGUGGGCUCCCGAACCCGGAAGCGAGGGAACCCACGUGGGAGCUUGGGAGGGGACGGUCGUAGCUCUCUAGUCCAGUUGUGGGGAAUGCGGCCUGUUUCUUCCUGUCCGAGAGAGCUCGGCGGAGGCAGUUGUCGAGUACCCUUCACCCCUGUGUUGGGAGCCUGGGAGCGAACUGCGGCGUGGGUUACCGUUCCCGGGGACGCAGCAGGGGGCUGCAGUCCCCUGGCGGGAGCUGCGCCAUGGCACUGCUCUCGACCAUCCGGGGCGCGACCUGGGGUCGCCUCGUCACCCGUCAUUUCUCCCAUGCAGCGCGGCGUGGGGAGCGGCCUGGUGGGGAGGAGCUAAGCCGCUUGCUGCUGGAUGACCUGGUGCCGACCUCGCGGCUGGAGCUUCUGUUUGGCCUGUCCCCGUGUCUCCUGGCUCUGCGGGCCGCCCGCCGCUCCGUGGCCCGGCUCCUGCUCCAGGCGGGUAAAGCUGGGCUGCAGGGGGAGCGGGCCGAGCUGCUCCGGAUGGCCGAGGCGCGGGACAUUCCAGUUCUACGGCCCAGACGGCAGAAACUGGACACAAUGUGCCGCUACCAGGUCCACCAGGGUGUCUGCAUGGAGGUGAGCCCGCUGCGGCCCCGGCCUUGGAGUGAGGCCGGGGAGGCGAGCCCAGGCGACGACCCCCAGCAGUUGUGGCUCGUCCUCGAAGGGAUCCAGGAUCCCCGGAAUUUUGGGGCUGUGCUGCGUUCCGCACACUUCCUCGGAGUGGAUAAGGUCAUCACCAGCCGGAGAAACAGGCACGGACGUCCCUCAUUCUCCAUGUGCCCCAACUUGGAGAUGCAGCCAAGUUCCUAAGCACCUUGGCCCUUGGGUGAUCCCUUAGCCAGACUCACCUGUCCCAGAACUCUCACGCCUCUAGCCCUUGGGAGCCCGGGGAGGGUAGGGAGCCGGGCUUGAGAUGGCCCAGCCUAAUGCGGUGAAUGGGGAAACCUUGCAGCUGCCCGCUCACUCCAGUAGUCAGCAAGGCCAGCGCGGGGGCUAUGGAGGUGAUGGACGUGUUCUCCACCGAUGACCUCACUGGAUUUUUACAGACCAAAGCCCAGCAGGGCUGGCUCGUGGCCGGCACAGUGGGCUGCCCAAGGGCAGAGGAUCCCCAGUCCUCCGAGAUCCCCAUCACGAGUUGCUUGGAGUUCCCCUGGGAUCGGCCUACUCUCCUUGUGCUGGGUAGGUGGAUGUCCCUGCUUUUGUGCCCAGAUUACAUUUCCCGAGCAAUUGGAUGUCCAGCUGGGCAACCCUAACCCUCGGCCCCAUGCCCUGCAGGGAAUGAGGGGUCAGGUCUGUCCCAAGAGGUGCAGGCCUCCUGUCAGGUUCUCCUCACCAUCCUGCCCCGGCGCCAGCUGCCUCCUGGACUUGAGUCCUUGAACGUCUCUGUGGCUGCAGGAAUUCUUCUUCACUCCAUUUGCAGCCAGUGGAAGGGUUUCCCCACAGAAGGGGAAAGAAGGCAACUUCUCCAAGACCCGCAAGAACCGGUCUGAAGGACUCAGCGUGGCUCAGCACCCAGGGCUGUCUUCAGGAUCAGAGAAAGAGAGGCAAAAUGAGAGCUGACGUGGACUGUCCACAGUGUUCACAUGCUGGAGUCAGGGACGGCCGCACCUGCCUCCGCCUGCUCCAGUGUGCAGGAGCCUCUGCCUGAGUGUGCACCAGGCCCAUGUUUAUUGACCACGGUCUCGUGGGGGAAGGGGACUGCGGUGGAGACCAGAGGAAGCUGUUUCCUGUUGUGAUGUUGGACCUGUAGUAGGACAUGGUAGUUUGUUAAUUUCCAUGGGAAGCCAUGAUGGCCUAGCAUGGAGAGACUCUCCUCCCAGGCCCUGUCUGGAAGUUGAGGGGAAGUCUAGACAUCUGCAGGGAGGCAGGCAGCCCAGCCCAGGGGACCCGUUCCUCUUGAACCAGUCAUUGCCUGUGGCAAAUGUGUGUGUGAGAAUGUAGGGUGUGGAGGGCAGGACCCUGACGUGGGGUAGACAGUGCACACGUCAGGCCCACACACGGCCCCACCCUGGGGCCUUGAGCACAGGUCUCAUCUUUCUGUGCCUCUGGACUGUGCACCUACCUCACGGGGUUGUUGUGAGGCUCGAAUAAAACAUCACUCAGCA